CGAGCAGCAUCGCUAGUGUCAGUGCCCGAGCCGAUUGCGCGGACGGGAGGAAGCAGUCGCUCCGGGAAUUCAGUAUCUCCUGCAUCGGCGAUGGUGGAUGUUUCUCGAAUACAGAUGCCAUCAUCAGGCAGCGCUGGCGGCGUUCAAAGCCGAUUUUUACCGCCAUCAUCAUCGGAAGGCGAAAAUUCACAAACUGAGCAGCCUAGUGUGCAGGCAAAAGCACCCAGCUAACGUAGAACGAACGAGCAGAGGCGACUUCAUGUUUUUUGCAUAA